AUGUCAAAUGAUAAAUCGUUUUGGCCUGUUAAAACUCAAUUAAAAGAAAAGAUUAUUGUUUUAUACGAUGCUAUAAUUUCUGGCGAUCAACCAUAUUUAGAUAAUGGAAAUUUUUGGUGUGAUUUUUUUCUAUUAAAAGUGAAUGCCAAAUAUUUACAAGAUGAAAUUGAAAAAGUUCAUGUUGACAAAUAUCCAAUGUUAAAAACGCAACUUAAUACGUUAUUUGAUCAAUGUAUUUUAUACAUUAAAUCAACAAAUAGAAUAAGACAGUUAAAUGCAUAUUAUACAUUAACUGUUCUAAUAAAUGCUGUAAGUCGAAAUCAGCGUAAUGGUUUUGGUUAUCAAGCAGUUGAUUUACUGUGUGGAUUUGAUUGUGCGGAAAAUAAAUUUGAAAGUUUAAUUGAAUCAAUAAAUCAUACGUUGAUGAUUGAUGAAACAAUUUCUGGUAGUACAAUACUGAGAAAUGCAACAUUUGGUUUAUUAUUGUCAAUGUCAACAACAAUGUUGAAUAUAAAUGAAAAUAUGCUAAUGGAUUAUUUAAUAUCAAAUAGCGUAUUUGAUUCCAUAACACAUCUUCUGAGUGGUCCAGUAUUAUGUUCAUUCCACGGCUAUGAUAUUUGUUUAUUUUUAACGUUAUUAUUACAAUAUCAUAAAUACGACAUAUCAAACACUUACAUCAUACGCUUUUCUAUUUAUGAUGAUGAAGUUGUUUUAACAGGACUAGCACAAAUUAUUGCGUCGUCAAUAAAUGAAUUUAAUCGUUCUAACUCGAGCACCGGAACCGAAAAAUGUAUUGGUAUUAUUCAACGAAUACUUUCAUUUCAAAAGCGAACAAAAACACGAUUAUCUUAUUCUUGGAGACCAUUAUGGAGCGCUCUAAUCAGUCUUCUAAAAUUUAUUCAAAAUUGUGAAUCUCAAUUACUUAAACACCAUGAUCUUUUUGUUUUUGCCUCAAAAGUUAUCAAUAUAUUUAACUUGUUUAUUACAUUUGGUGAUACAUUUUUAAGAAGUCCAGAAGCUUAUGAUGAAUUAUAUUAUGAAAUUAUACGAAUGUUUUACGUAUUCGAUAGUCUAUUUUCAUUUGCUUGUCGAUAUGCCAACAAUGACAAUGAAUUUAAAGAAUCAGCUCUUAAACUGAUGAUCAAUCUCACAAAUAUAAAAUUGAUUACUCAUCAUUUUAAUUCUAAAAUUGAAACAAUAUCAAAUAAUCAAAAUAAUCCAUUGACAGAACAACAAGUUCUAGAAAUAAUUCGUAAUAACUAUGAUAGUUUGGCUCUUAAACUACACGAUGAUCUUGAUGUGUAUGAUCUUUAUGUUGAAAGAGAAUCAGAAUCAGCUAAUGACAUUCGAUCGUUUGUUGAAUCUGCCUACUCGGAUAAUAUUAACGAUAAACGGCAAGCAGUAAAUAAAAUUAAAGUUUGGGAAGCAAGAAAUUGUCGAAUACCAUCACCUAUAAAUGCCUUGAAACAUAUUUUGAAUUGUGAAAUCAUUCAUGAAGAACAAGAACAAGCAAAUUUUAAUGAAAAUGCAUUGCAUUACGCUUGUUCAGUUGCUGUUCUAAAAUUUGUUGAUGCUAUAAGUACUGGUUAUCGAAAACAAAAUGCACGCCUUUCAUACAGAAAUAUUGCAAAACAAGUUGAUAUUCCUAGUCAUUUAAUUAGUUUAAGACAUGAUAUUGCACAUAGUGAUCUUCCACCUUUAUCAGAUCUGCUUGAAGCUGUUCACUAUGGAAAAACUUGGUUGAGGAAAAAUUGUUUUACUGAAAUAUUUGAUGAAAUGUCAUUAUUUACUGAUGGUGCUUAUUCUGAAACGCUUGUACUAAUAGCGAAAGAAACAUUGCAUGCUUAUGUAGAUUCCAAGAUGGAUUAUGUACAAAAUCGAACGAAAAAAAGACGUGAAAAAUUUGAAGGAGUUAUCGAAGAAAUCGAAAAAGCAUUGAAAAUGUCGGGUGCCAAGGAAAUAUUUGCUGAUAUUUUGAUACAGUGUGGAAAACUCUUGAUGUUACCUAUACAAUUAGAAAAAAUGAACUAUGAUAAAGGUUCAUCCAUACUACUUCCAUUAGUUGUUAUUAAAUUUUGGAAACCAGUUUUUGAAUUAUGUAUUGAAAAUGGUUUAACAAUGAUGUUAAUAAAACGAUUUUUAUCAACAAUUGAUCCACACUCAGAUUCAAUUAUUAAUCGUCAACGUGUUGGAUGGAUAUUUCAUAUAAUUAAUGAAAUAUCAACAUCAUCACGAGCUGAAUCAAUAUUAAGUAUAUACAAUUUAAAUACAAUUUUUAAUACACUUAUUCGAAAUAUACGACCAUGGUUUGUAGAAUAUCUAAUUGAUCUAGUCAAAUUAAUGGGUGACGAUAAUUUAAAACAAAUUAGUCAUGAAAAAUGUCAAAAACUUAUAGAAAUAUUAAAUAUUUAUAUGAUACCAUAUGAUGAUCAGAGAAAAGAUGUACAACAUAUAGUAACUACCGAUAAUAAUAGUAACGAAUAUGCUAUACCAAGAAAACAAAUGUAUAUAAGAGAUAUGGCCAUGGUUGAUAAUUAUAUAAUUGAAGACAUGGCAAUACCUGCUGGUUUGAUGUCAACUCAUGAAAAUGUUACAAGUGCUCAAUACGAUCUUGAUUAUAACCAUUUAACUGAAACACGUGAUUGUAAGUGA